CGCCGCUUCCGCCGUCAGAGAUCUCCCCUCUGAGUCUUCUGUAGCCCGGGACGAUUCUGCUUUUCUGCCAAACCUGCCUCUCCCGUCACUCACGUAGAUCAUUCAUGCGUCUCCUCCCACCACCGCCGCUUCCGCCGUCAGAGAUAUCUCCUCUGAGUCUUCUAUACUUCUAUAUUCCGCGACGAUUCUGCACCGGCCGAAGCACGUCACCAUCCACCCUUUGUGGUGAACUGUAUUCCGUUUUUCUAUCUAUAUCGUGUCUGAUUUCUUUCUGGCCGCCGCACCUUUUCUUUCCGCCAUUGUACAUAGAUAUAUAUCCUUUUAUCACCGCUGUGCCAUAUACUUCUUUUCGCUGUUGUCUUAGUUUUCCGUGUACCGAUUGA